UACGAGGCCCACACAUUGUUUGAAGAAUGUGGUCCAAUAAUUGCGAUGCAUAUAUGUACGCGCGUGAACUACUACUUGCUUUACCUACACUAUAUAUAAGGGUUACUCAUACAUUUUCUCACUUUCACUCAUACAUUAUCGUUCAAUCUAGGGUAACUUCUCUCCCAAUCCCAAGGCCCUUCAAGCUAUUCAGCACCUUCAUUACUAUUUACGAAUAUAAAUGGCUCAAUCAGUCUUUUUGUAGCUGAUGUGGGAAGAAGUGCACUAUACUCUUUGAAUUAUAGAUACAGUAUGUCGCCCUUUGAAUCACAUAACUUCAUCUGAUCUCUUUCUCUCUUCUCUCUCAGCUCAUAACACAGUUUCUCUAUUACACACAAAGCUACUUCCUUCUACUUAGUUCCUUGGUCUCUCUCUCUCAGAGUUCACGUUUCAUUUUUCUGGUUAGUAUUACGCUUCCGUUAUGAGCCCCCCUCUCCACAGACCACAUUAUUUCCAAUAUUUGUACUUAAUAUAUCAGUUUUGUGGGUUUCGUUAGCUGUUAUUUUCAUUCCAAUGAGCUUAUUAAGGGUAUGUUGUUGUUGCCAUUGCUAUGAGCUCAUUUAGGGUGCGUUUUUGUUGCCAUUGCAAUGAGCUCAUUUAGAGUUGCUGUUGUUUUCAUUCCAAUGAGCUCAGUUGAUUAGCUGAGAAAAAGGGAUUUGGUCAUUUAAUUUAUUCAUCAUGAAGUGAAAAUGGUUAUAGAGAUUAUACUGAGUAUGUUGUUGUUGUCGUGUGACGGUCAUUGUGUGUGUGAAACGGUUUUUUUUUUUUUUGCCCCCUUUUUGUUGUGUGUGUCUAUAACUAUUUGCCACUUCAUUUCUUUUCGUUUUCCUCGACAAAUUUCCUUGUCUUUCUGUUGGGUGAAAAGAUAAGAAUUGCCUAAAAGGGAGGAUGAUAUUUUCUUGUCUUCUCUUAAUUUUCUUCUUCGCUUUUUGCAACAUUUCUGACUCUUUUCGAAUUUGGACAAUUAUAUACAGUAUUUGCAAGAUCAAGAUGGAAAAUCAGGGGAUUCCCCAGCCUCCUCCAGGUGUAAGAUUUAAUCCUACUGAAGAAGAACUUGUUGGAUAUUACCUCAAGAAAUGGGUUAAUUCCGAGCCUGAUGACGGUUUCAUUUUCAUCCCUGAUAUUGAGCCCGGUCUGGAGCCCUGGGACAUCAAAGAUAAAGCUAAAAUACUGGGAUAUGAAGAACAAGAAGAUUGGUAUUAUUUCGUUCUUAAUAACAGGAAAUAUAAGACAGGAACAAAGAUGCAUAGAGCCACAAAAGCUGGAUACUGGAAGGCAUCAGGAUUAGAUAAGGCAGUGUUUUCAAAGAAUGGGGAGCAAAUAGGUACAAAGAGGAGCCUUGCUUUCUAUGAAGGAAGAGCUCCUAAAGGAAAGAGAACUAAUUGGACUGCUUAUGAAUAUCGUCUCCUAACCUCCCAACAUGGACCUCCUGAUCAGCCUCAGGCAUAUCAAGAAUGGGUUAUAUGCAAGGGAUUCAUCAAGAAAAGUCCUCCAAACAAUAAGUCACGGUUAGAAUCGUCGAAUAAUGAUUUGCCUAUUGAAGCAAUUCCUAGCAACCCAAGUUCAACAACGCAUCAUAAUGAUCCUCCCAAUCCAAUAUUUAGCCAAACAUCAAGUUUCAAUCCAUUCACCUUUAAUCCAACUAUGAAUACAUCUCACCAUGAUCAGAAUUAUAUGAGCCAAGUGCCUGAAGGUAACCCAACUAUGUAUACAUCUCACCAUGAUCAGAAUUAUAUGAGCCAAGUGCCUGAAGGUAACCCAACUAUGUAUACUUCUCACCAUGAUCAAAAUUAUAUGAGCCAAGUGCCUGAAGGUAACCCAACUAUGUAUACAUCUCACCAUGAUCAGAAUUAUAUGAGCCAACCCAACUAUGUAUACUUCUCACCAUGAUCAUAAUUAUAUGAGCCAAGUGCCUGAAGGUUACCCAACUGCGUACUCUUAAGAAAAUUGCCAAAACUGACCUCCAGAUUCCGACCUCAAAAGAAGUCGGAAAAUUUACGAUUUUUUAAAAAGAUUUUUAGUGCCAAAAACUAGAAAAGUGGAAACGGACCUCUGGAGGUCAGUUUUUCUAAAAUUAAAAAAAAAAAUUAAUGUCUUAAACCAACAAACACCAAUGAUCUACUUGUAGAAAUGUAUCCUACCAUUGUCUGGGUACGUCGGUUUUGGCAUUUUUGUAGUAGUGGCGGUCUCCAAGAAGAAUAAAAGUGGAGUUUUGUAUGAAGUUAAAGGCAGCUGAUGAGUAUGAAGCAAAAGGUAGAAUACAUAGAAGGAAAUUUGGAGGAAAAAUUGGAAGCUGCAAGAGGGACGUAAAUGGUGGCCUUUAACCACAUUUGGAGAAUACUUCUUUUUUUUUCCUUUCAAAUUUAUUCUGUUUUCAUUGGUUAAUUUGCUCCAUUUUUUAAAUUUGGAUGCUUAUCUUUCUUUAAAGCUUAUAUAUUACAAAAACUAUCUCAUAUAUAAUUAUAAUAACAGUUGUGAUGCUUCGUCGCUCCUAGGUCAAGUCUUUUUCUUUCUUAAAUUUUGAUAGGCAUGCAAGAGUUAUCCAGUAUUUAUAUACCGGUGAAAGCUAAUAUGUACCUAAUAAAAUAAGAGUUUAAUUUGAGUUUUGUGCGUACAUUGUCAGUAAAGAUACUUUUUACGCCAUCAUGUAAUUUCAAAUACUAAAUACAGUAAAAAAAAAUUAAGUAAUUAAUGAGUACUAGUAUGUAAUUAUAAUUUACAAAAAUAAAACUAGUAGCUAGAAAGAUAAGUAUAAUCCUAUUCAACUCUAAUCAUGAACAACGCUUAGUUUUGGUCGUAAUCAUAUUUAUUCCCUCCGUUCACUUUUACUUGUCCACUUUGGACUUUUCACGUUGUUUAAGAAAUAAUAAAUGAAAUACAUAAUUUACCAAUGUACCCAUAUUAAUUGAUGCAUAUUUUUAUUGGCUUUAAAAAAUGAUUUGAAGUAAGUAAUUAAUACUACGGGUAAAACAGGAAAAAAAUAUUGUCUUAUCUUGAUAUGUGAAAAAUGACAAGUAAAAAUGAAAAUCUAUUUUAAAAAUAGUGGAUAAGUAAAAGUGAACGGAGAGAAUAUUUCGUUGUCUAAUUCUGGCGAUUUAUCAUGAUUGUUGGGAUAGUCAUCCCAGCAGAAUCUUAAGAUUGUGCAUAUUUCUAAUAUAAAUAAGUGCGGUGGAGUACGAACACAGCUUCCCAUGCUUGUACGACAAGCUUUAAAAUUUGUACACGCAAUGAAUGUUUGUACCAAAAGCUAUAUAAAUUGCAC